CCCACAGCGCCCACGUGGUUUGUGGAGACUUCUCGGGGAGAACUCAGCGCGGCCAUGUGGGGAGGCGUCGCGGUCGUGGUGGCGCUGGCGGUGGUCGCCGCGCGAGUUCACGACCUCAGCUCCAAGCUGGGCCUGUUCCGGGAGCUCCGCGAGACCGACCUCAGCGCCUGCAGCCUCCUGGACCAUGGGCCCAUGGGGUUUGGAUCGGAGGACAUUGAGUUCCUCCCGAACGGGAUGGCCUUCAUCUCCUCCGGCCUGCGCUACCCCGGAAUGCCCGACCUGAACGAGGGCCGCCCGGGCGGCAUCUUCACGGUGGACGUGACGGCGGCGGGCGCCCCGCGGCCCUCGCCCCUCGUCGUCGUGGGCGACCCCGACGCGUCCGCCCUCAACCCCCACGGCAUCAGCCUGCACGUGUCGCACGCAGGCGGCGACGAGGUGGUGCGUCUCUUCGUCGUCCACCACCCCAUGGAGGGCGGCGCCUUUGAGAGCCGCGUGAAGAUCUACCGCUACGAGCCGGAGUCGCGCUCGCUCGUCCACGAGCACACCGUCAUGGACCCCCUCCUGAGCAGCGUCAACGACGUGUGGGCCGUGGGGCCCGACUCGUUCUACGCCACCAAUGACCACGCACUGCCCGUGGCGCUCUGGCCGCUGGAGGUGCUGCUCGGCCUGCGCUGGACCAACGUGGUUUUCCGCGCACCCAACGGCACCGUCGCCGUCGUGGCCACCGGGUUCCGCUCGGCCAACGGCAUCGCCGGAUCGCCGGACGGGAGACACGUGUACGUCGCGGAUGUCUCCGCAGCGGAGCUGCACGUGCUCGGCAGGAGCCCCGGGCCCGGCCUCGUUCCACUUCAGGUCGUGGCGCUGCCGUCCAUGCCGGACAACGUGGCGGUGGACCCGGCGACGGGCGACGUGUGGCUCGCGUGCCACCCCAACGCGUGGAAGAUCGUCCGCUUGGACCCCAGCAGCCCCCCCGGAAUGGAGGUCCUCCGCGUGGAGAACGCCGCGUCGCCGCAGCCGCGCGUGUCCCAGGUCCUGCUCAGCUUGGACGGAACGCUGCAGGGCUCCUCCGUGGCGGCGCGCCACGGGGCCCACCUCCUCGUGGGCUCCGUGUAUCACCGCACGCUGCACUGCCGGGCGGACCUGCUCGUGUAGACGGCGCCGGUGGCACCCGCACAACCCCCACCCCACCACCGUCCCCCGCCCCCACCGUGUACCCCCUCCUCUCAUCCUCCUCCCCCACCAGCCGGAGGAUGGCAGACGAGGGCAUUGUCCGAAUUACCGUGGAAUUUAAAAUGUUAUUUCAUUAAAUGCGUAAUUUGUAAUUGGCCUUUAAAUUAAACACCUCAAAGUAGUUGGUAAUGCGGAUUUAAAUCGCUGCGGAGAUUCGUACUCUGCCCAUAUGCGUGGCGGCCCCACUCGGAGACGGCUCGCGCCCCGACCCGCGUGCUCGUGACGUAGCGUGGCGGCGGUGCUCGCACGCCGUGGCUGAGAGUCGAGGGCGAUGUCGAACCGUGAACGUCGCGGGAACCGGUGGCAACGCCCGGUUCACGGUGCCACAGGAGCCAUAUUGUUUCUACUGUAAUAGAAAGCUGCUUAUUUCGGGAAUCAAAACCGAUUGCUUUUCGCUUAAGGGUUUAUUAUGUACGGUAAUAUUAAAGGUGUCGAACAUGAAAAAUAAAUCAAGAACUAUU